AUGGUGCAAAAUAUUAAAGUUGCUGUUUGCGGUUCAGGUGCUGUUGGUAAAUCAUGUUUAACUAUUCAAUUUGUACAAAAUCAAUUUGUUGAAGCAUGGGAUCCUACAAUUGAGGACAGUUAUCAAAAAACACUUAAAAUUAAUAAUGAUGUAGUACAAUUAGAUAUAUUGGACACAGCCGGACAAGGUUUAUGGUAUGCAUUAAGAGAUGAAUAUAUGAGAACUGCUGAUGGAUUUUUAUUGGUUUUUGAUAUUUCAAAACCAAAAACAUUUGAAGAUUUGAAUGAAUUCCACAAACAAAUUGUCAGAAGUAAAGAUUGUGAUUAUCCACCAAUUGUACUUGUUGGAAAUAAGAUUGAUCUUCCACCUGAAAAGAGAACAGUUUCGAAACAACAAUCUGAGGAACUUUGCAGUAAAUGGAAAAUUGAAUUUAUUGAAACAAGUGCAAAAACAAGAACAAAUGUCGAUGAAGCAUUUCAAAAGUUAGUCAAAUUUGUUUUGAGAGAUUUGGAAAAAACCAAACCACCACAACCAACUACAACACAAAAGGAAAAGAAAUCAUGUAUUUUACUUUAA